AUGGACCGCGUUCAAAACCCACUGGCCAUCGAUUUAACGAAGCAGACGCGCAUUCUCGUCGAAGAAUUAGCUUCUUCUGACUUUACAGCAUCUAUCCAAGCAUGCCGCGACGCCGGGGAGCUCUUGGCAACCCUAUCAAAACUACUGGCCACCCCGACUCUGACACUAUUGAUUGCCCGACUUUUCCGACCGAUACUCAUUGACCUCUGCGCACGAUGGCUUGAGCCAUCUAAUGAACGCGAACAUCAGCUUGUAGCACUAUGCUUGCUCAUCGGAUUCCACGAAGAACUCUUUCCCAUCUUGUACCGUAUUCUCCGCGAAACACCCUUCGAAAACGGACCGCUACAAUGUAUCCCGACGGAUCCGUCGACCAUUCCCGUAGAUCGCUUGCACAGACUGCUACUGGCUUACUACCGCAUCCUACAGGCCAACCGCGAGCUGGCGGACGAGCUAUGCUGGCCGCUGCACUAUCUGUCUCGUCUGAUGUGGACGAAUGGCCUCGAUGCCGGGGCGCGUCUGCUGGCGAUCCAAUGCUAUGCCCAGCAGAGUGAGAUGGGGGAGGCUGAACGGCUGGUGAUUGAGGGUGAGGCGCUGGGGCCUCCGUGUGAGAAGGACUGCUGGAUAGAUUGUGGGAGUGAGGUGAGGGUGGAUGGGUGGAUACUGCCGCUUGUCGAAGCAACACGUGUGCAAAACGCCAGGCGCGACAUUGCGAACGACCAGCAGUAUUUCUAUUCUAGAGACGAAACGAUAUCACUGUCACAACUUAGCCCUUAUACUGCCAAUGUGCAUGGCAUACUGCUUGUCCGUGACGCUUGUAACGACCAACCUCAAUCAAACCUCGUUUCAACUGACACGGCGAUCCGAUCACUGCAAACGCUCGCCAUUCACAUGUCCCUCCGAGUUCCCGUGCUACUUACCUCACCGCCAUCUUGUGGUAAAUCACUCCUCCUAUCCCACCUAGCGAGCAUCCUGUACCCCAAGGCGCAAAACCAAAUUAUCACCAUCCAUUUCGCCGACACUUCCCUCGAUCCACGGUCUCUCUUGGGAUCCUACAUUUCUUCCCCAACGCAGCCUGGUACCUUCGAGUGGAAGGACGGCACCCUCGUCCGCGCCAUGAAGCAAGGCAAGUGGGUCGUGCUGGAGGACAUCGACCGCGGCAGCAGCGAGGUGCUCGGCGUCAUCAAGCCUCUCGCAAAAUCCCUGCGCCUCGACAAAUGGAUUGGCGGGCGCGGCGCCAUCGACGUCCCCGGUCACGGCCGCGUCGUCGCUGCGCACGACUUCGCGCUCUUCGCCACGCGCUCCGUGCCGCUCUCCAAAAACGGCGCCUUCCCGCCCGCCGCCUUCUUCGGGGCGCACAAGUUCCACGAGGUGCAGGUCCCGGCGCCGACCGCCGACGAGCUGCAGCUGAUCAUCGACACGCGGUUCCCGCGGCUUGCUGGGGCGCUCGCGAAGUCUCUCAUACACCUGUGGCAGGCGGUCGUCGCGCUUGGGUCCACUGCCUCGGUGCGGGAUAUUGGGAUGCGCGAGCUGGAGAAGUACUGCCAGCGCGUUUCGGACCUCCUGCCGUCGUCCUUCGCUUCUGCGCCUGCGUCCGACUUAGUGUCCCUAGAAAGCAUGUUCCCGAACUCGUCGCUGCGGGAAGACAUGUACGCCGAGGCCCGCGACGUGUUCUUUGGCUCUGGCUGCAUAUCCGCGAUGGCGCGCUCCCACCUCGACGCCAUCGCCGCCGUCAUCGCGCAGCACCUCGGGUUGGACCCCGAACGGCAGCGAUGGGUGCUCAACGGCGUCUCGCCCUACUUCGACACAGAAAAAGACGCGAACGGAUUCGUCGUUGCCGUCCACGCCGGCCGCACACGCCUGCCUGCCCGCCCGUCCAAAAACACUAUGGACACGCUCCAGUCGCGGCCGUUUGCGCUGCACAAGCCCGCUGUCUCCCUGUUAUCGCGGAUCGCCACAGCAGUGUCUCUGUCCGAACCUAUCCUGCUCACCGGCGAAACCGGCACUGGCAAAACCAGCGUCAUCUCCUACCUCGCCGCCCUCCUCCGGCGCCCGCUCAUCUCACUCAAUCUCAGCCACCAGACCGAAUCCGCGGAUCUGCUGGGCGGGUUUAAGCCUAUUGAUGCGCGCAUGCCCGCCUCUUCGCUGUACUCGCGGUUCCUCGAUCUUUUUGGUACUACAUUCAGUAGGAAGAAGGAGAAGAACAUACAAUUUGAGGAAUUUGUAAGGAAGGCGGUCGCGGAGGAAAAUUGGAAAAGGUGCGCGGCGCUGUGGGGAGAGGCGAUCAGGCUGGCGAAAGAGCGAAUCAUCAAAGUUCAGCAGGAGACUGCGAAUAAUCCGGAAGCUCCGCGAAAGCGCCGAAAGCUCGCGGGGGACGAACUCAGCCAAUGGACAUCCUUUGCUGAUGACGUUGCUCAAUUCGAGAUGCAAUACGUAACAAGUCAAGGUAGAUUUGCGUUCGGCUUCGUGGAGGGCCCGUUAGUGAGCGCAAUCAAGAAUGGCGAGUGGGUCCUACUUGACGAGGUUAACCUUGCAAGCCCCGAAACCCUGGAAUGCAUAGCUGGCCUGCUACACGGACCGACAUCGUCGAUCACGCUAACAGAGCAAGGCGCCCUCGAGCCCGUGCCCCGCCAUCCCGAUUUCCGACUCUUCGCGUGCAUGAACCCCGCGACCGACGUGGGUAAGAAAGACCUCCCGCCGAACAUCCGCGCGCGCUUCACCGAGUUCGACGUGCCCGCGCCCGACGCCGACCGCGAGACGCUCCUCACCAUCGUCAACCAGUACAUCGGGCACGCCGCGGUCGGCGACAAGGCGGCCGUCAUGAACAUCGCGGAGUUCUACAUCGCGGUGAAGCAGCUCGUGGAGGCCGGGCAGAUCGCCGACGGCGCGAACCACCGCCCGCAUUUCAGCAUGCGGACGCUCGCGCGCGCGCUGACGUUUGCGGCGGACAUCACGAGGGUGUAUGGGCUCAGGCGCGCGAUUUGGGAGGGCUGCUUGAUGGCGUUCACGAUGGUGUUGGAUGCACCCAGUGCGCAGACCGUCAUUGCCCUCGCUCAUAAACAUUUAUUGGCGGGGGUAAGGAAUCCGCGAUCACUGCUGACCAACGAGCCCUCCGACAUGGAAUACACUCGCAGCGAUAGAUAUGUGAAGUUCGGGCCGUUCUACCUGGAAAAGGGCCCAUUCCCUGAAGAUCCCAUGGAAGAAUACAUCAUGACCCCCUCCGUCGAGACCAAGUUGAUCGAUCUCGCCCGUAUCAUUCUUACUCGCCGGUUCCCGGUCCUGAUUGAAGGUCCUACCUCCAGUGGGAAGACUAGCUCUGUGGAAUACCUGGCGCGUAGGACGGGGCAUCGGUUCAUUCGCAUUAACAACCAUGAACACACGGACAUUCAGGAGUAUAUAGGGUCCUAUGUUUCUGAUCCUGUUACAGGAAAAUUCGUCUUCAAAGAUGGGCUACUCGUCCAGGCCUUGCGUCAUGGUGACUGGAUCGUCCUCGACGAGCUCAACCUUGCGCCGACCGACGUUUUGGAGGCGCUGAAUCGCCUGCUGGACGACAAUCGCGAGCUCGUCAUCCCGGAGACGCAUGAGGUUGUGAAGCCGCAUCCACAUUUCAUGCUCUUCGCAGCCCAAAACCCCCCUGGCUUAUACGGAGGCCGAAAGGUUCUGUCACGGGCGUUCCGCAAUCGCUUUCUGGAAGUCCAUUACGAGGACGUCCCUCGGGCUGAACUCGAAACCAUUCUGUGUCAGCGCUGCAAGAUUGCGCCAUCAUACGGCAAGAAGAUCGUGGCCGUUUUCCGGGAGCUCCAGAAAAAGAGGCAGGGCAGCCGCGUCUUCGAUAGCAAGGAGGGAUUUGCCACGCUGCGCGACUUGUUUCGGUGGGCGGGGCGAGACGCUGUAGGCUAUCAGGAACUCGCAGAGAACGGCUAUAUGCUGUUGGCGGAGCGCGCGAGGCGGGACGAUGAGAAAGCUGUAGUCAAGGAAGUCAUCGAGUCGAUAAUGGGGGUCAAGAUUGACGAGAAAGCCAUGUACCGGUUCGAUCGCAUGGACCGCGAUAUCGUCAACUAUCUUGGAUGUCCUCUCCCCGACCCAUACCAAAUCAUAUGGACUUCGGCCAUGCAGCGCAUGUUCAUACUCAUCGCUCGCGCCCUGCGAUUCAACGAACCUGUUCUGCUUGUAGGAGAAACCGGCUCUGGUAAGACCUCGAUUUGCCAGCUCUAUGCCGACACGCUUUCUAGGGAGCUGCAAACCUUGAACUGUCACCAGAACACAGAAUCAUCCGACCUCAUUGGUGGCCUGCGCCCCGUACGCAAUCGGGCGGCAGCUGAAGCGGAGGUGUUGCAGGAUGUUGCGCUGAGCUUGAGCGGAAUGAACAUACCCGCAGAGCCUUUGACCCGUGACUCGCUUCUCGCCAGAAUAAAUGAUGUACUUUCUUCUGCGAAUGCUCUUGAUCCUAGAAACGUUGCUAUUCUGGAAGAUGCUCGGCACGGGCUCCUUCGACUGGGUCGAAUAUUCGAGUGGAGAGACGGGCCCCUUAUACAGGCAAUGCGACAAGGGACUACUUUCCUGCUGGACGAGAUAUCACUUGCAGACGACUCAGUCCUUGAGCGCCUGAACAGCGUACUUGAACCAGCGCGCACGAUUGUUCUCGCUGAGCGUGGCGGCGAUCAUUCCGAACCUCCAUUUAUCAAGGCUGUGGACAACUUCAAGCUGGUAGCUACCAUGAAUCCGGGAGGGGAUUACGGGAAGAAAGAGCUUUCUCCUGCACUGCGCAACCGCUUCACAGAAAUAUGGGUACCCGCCGUGGAGGAUCGAAGUGACCUUGAACUGAUCAUCAGCAACCGCUGGGAGUUCGAGAUGCUGAGGCCUUUUACGACAAAGGUGCUGGACUUCACGGAAUGGUUGUGCCACCAAGUGGGGGACACGACUCUGACUAGUCUUCGAGACGUUCUUGCAUGGGUUGCAUUCUCAAAUUCUAUCUAUCGACAAGCAAGCGACAAUGGAAUGACACCGAACGCGAUAUUUCAUCAUGCUGCCCAAAUGACGCUUCUAGAUGGAUUAGGUUCUUUGCCUCAGCUAAUGACCUAUUCUGGGGAUGCAAUCAACAGCCUCCGGAGCAAAGCAUUGGCUCAACUACAGGAUCUCGCGCCUGUCCAUCAUCCAGUUUCUAACCAUCCUACAUCUGAUCCUACGUCGUCUAUAUGGUUCGGUCCAUUCUGCUUCCCCAUCGGCCCCAACGGAUCAAACUCACCAGCAUUCAAUCUGGAGACCCCUACCACGCAAAUGAAUGCCAUGAGGGUGGUAAGAGCGUGCCAAGUGCCCAAACCUAUCCUUUUGGAAGGUAGCCCAGGCGUGGGCAAAACGACACUCAUUGCCGCUCUGGCCUCGCUCACGGGUCAUACACUAUGCCGAAUCAACCUUUCUGACCAGACGGACCUUAUCGACCUAUUUGGAUCCGACCUUCCCGUCGAGGGCGGCAAUCCGGGCGAUUUUGCGUGGAAGGAUGCGGAGUUCCUUCGGGCACUCCAAGAGGGUCAUUGGGUCUUGUUAGAUGAAAUGAAUUUAGCGCCUCAACCAGUUCUCGAGGGCCUCAAUGCAGUCUUAGAUCACCGAGGAACGGUAUUCAUCCCCGAACUUGGUCGCUCAUUUAAUAGGCACCCAGAAUUCCGAAUCUUUGCUGCACAAAAUCCCCUCAGUCAAGGUGGAGGGAGGAAGGGGCUCCCGAAGUCGUUCAUCAAUCGCUUCACCAAGGUUUACAUUGAAGAACACACACCACAGGACCUCCUCAUGGUUUGCCAGCAACUGUUUCCAUCCUGCGAGCAGGAUACAUUGAAGUCGAUGAUAUCGUACAAUACUCAACUCAGCAUGGAAGCAACCGUGAAGCGAACAUUCGCUCGAGACGGUGCCCCUUGGGAAUUCAAUUUGCGUGAUAUCCUUCGAUGGUGUUCGUUAUCCAUGUCCGCUGAUCGGCACCUGCACCCUAUCCAGUACCUACGGGCCGUUUAUUUGCAACGGUUUCGCACUAAGAGCGAUGAGGAAUUUGCACUACGUGUGUUUGAGAAGGCAUUCCACACGCCCGCAGCGGGAGUCGUGGAACGAAGGCCCCAUCAUUCCGUCACUCCAACACAUUUCCAAGUUGGCCAGUUUCAUCAUUCCCGCAGUAACUUGCUGCCACAUCGUCGCCCAGGGCAAUUUCUUCAUCCACACCUUCCGAUUCUCGAAACCUUGGGUCAUUGCAUUCGGCAAAAUUGGCUCUCCAUUCUUAGCGGUCCACAGGAAUGUGGGAAAUCAGAAGUCGUAAAGCUCCUAGCGACAUAUACGGGGAAUGUCCUCCAUGAACUCUCGUUCAGCAGCGCCACCGAUACCAUGGACAUUCUGGGUAGCUUCGAGCAACUCGACGAUGAAGCUAGUGUCAGAAUACUUCUAGAUUCGGUGGCCAAUACCCUCCGCACGCAAAUACGAUCAAGGGCAGGCUCAACAGAAUCUCAUGUACUCUGUUAUCAUCGCAUAAGGGAAAUCGUCGGAUCGCUUCGAACCAAUGAUGCGGUGUCUAGUCUUCAACAAACUGUAUCUCUGUUGGAUCAGGUCCCAACGAAUGAUCGCAUUCGCAACCACAAACAUGCGGUUAUGGAACUUCUACAGAAAAGAAUGGCUUCUCUUACCUCUGCUGGGCAGUUUGUCUGGGUAGAUGGUCCUUUGAUACGCGCUGCCAAUGAAGGACACUGGCUGCUAAUUGAUGGUGCUAAUCUUUGCAAUCCCUCCGUGUUAGAUCGUCUUAAUUCCCUCUGCGAACCCAACGGAGAGUUGGUGCUUAGUGAGCGAGGAUUCGUUAAUGGAGCCGUCCAAAUUAUCAGACCUCAUCCAAAUUUCCGUCUCUUUAUGUCUGUCGACCCUCAGUUUGGCGAGUUAUCAAGAGCUAUGCGUAAUCGUGGCGUGGAGAUCAAUGUUCCUUCCAUCGAUGAAGACUGCACGGGAAUUAUACAAGAUCACAAACGUCUGCCACGGUUCGGCGUCACUACGGGGCGUUUGAAGGAGCAGGGGCUCUUUUUCGACAUGAUGCGUCGUGGAGUCUUUCUGCCCUCUUGUCUGGCUCUGCCCUCACAAUAUGGAUCGGGGGUAGUGCUCGAUCAUCAUUCCUCGCUCGCGACGUUGAAAGAUCCUUUGUCAAUUGAGCAAAGCACGCCUAGCGACUGUUAUGAACACCUCUUAGACUUUCGCGCUGAGACACAUUCGCCGGCUCAUGUCCGACAUUUAUCUCGCAUACUUGGGACGACGGAGCGCCGGGGUCCAUGCGAUAUCUCCUCAUUACUGGGCAGUCUCCAUCGCCCGCGUUUGAAUGCCUACGUACAUGACAUACGACAGCUCUACGUUGACACCUGGGGGGUACCCUCCUCACUAGCUUCCUUUCAGCGCAUGGACAUUCUUCUCAAUACGUCGGUACUAAAUGGGACGAAGACCACAGCAUCAAUUGCAAGUCUGCUUUUCCACGGGUUGGAGAUAUGUGUCCGCCUCUGGCAGCUUGGAGUAGCUAAACAACACAAAGUCGCCGUCGAUCCCAACUCACCUAUUUUGAACGAGGUAGACCAAGCGGUUUCGACUGUCACUUCUGCUGGCGAAGAGUUCAUGUCUCAUGUAGAUAAAGGUUAUGACGCAGAAGCCCCAGGUGACACGCAAGCUAUGGAAGAACUCUUGCGACACGCAAUGCGUCUACGAAAGAUCAUGCAACAGUCAUUCUUCGACCACUCAGCAGCCCAGGCAACUGUGACAUGGAUGAUGAAAGUGCUUUUGAGUCGUUCCCCACGUUUUCAAGCAUUAUCCGAGGUUAUCCGAAACGUGAACAAAAAAUUAUCUCCUUCGUCUGGCCUCGGGAUCAUGGAGAUCUGGUCUUCCUUGCUUGACACAAUCCCGGAAGUAGAGAUGUCGAACAGAUUAGCAGAAUUAGGUGCCCUGGCCUCACGGCUCGGCGUUGAACACAAAGGCCUUCGUCGAGAGACUUUUAAUCUCGUGGCCCUCUGCUCAAUUCGAAAGGAUCAUCACGAUAGUUCUCUGGCCGAGACCGUCUCCCAAUUCAAGAACCAUCUUCUGGAGCGCGUAAGCGAAGGCGCGGCGGCACGAAUGGGUGGUCCUAGUAUAUCCACCCUGAUUUGCGAGCUCCGAUUUCAGUGCACCUGGCCUCAUGAUAAAGUCGUAAAUGACAUAGGGAAGCUAAUACAGGUGCAGUUCGGCUCGAGGAAUCAAAUCCUUGACAGAUAUGUUCCCUACCAGCACCUUAUAUGGGUUGCAGAGACCGAUAAAUCUACUUUGCCUGUGUUGGCACGCCUACGGGUUGACUGGCGUCAGCAAAUAUGGAGCGUCGUUCCGCCUCAGGGGACCACAGAGGGUCCUACUUUCUUGCUCAUACCCUCCCUUCUCGCUUCGACGUUUGGGUUAUGCUACUGGGAUUCUUUCUCCCUCGGGAGUUUCGCGGAAUACAAAUCUAGGCUUGACGCGGAGUUGCAGUUAUUACUCAUGAGUUUUGACGAUCACCCAUCACGCUUACCUCAAAUCAGAGAGGCUCUAUGUGUCGAAUUAGUGCUAAUCUGUCGAUGCUUUGCUACUUCAUACCUGGCAGAAACCUUGGCAGAGGUCAAUCAGCUCCUGACCUCUUCUAGACCACUGGAUCCUCGAUAUCUCAUCGAUCUUUUGGGACGAACAAAUAACCAGAUACUCGGGCAAGCAUUGAAUGCACUUAUCCGUCCUAGUUUCUCCGAAAUUGGGCUGUUGAGCUCUGAUCAAAUGUCGAAAGAAGUUCUUGCUUCUCUUGGGGCAGGUUGGAUUGCGAUAGGCAGGCUGACUCUUCACUUAUUUGUACCAGACGUGCCGCUUGAUCCCGCUGGGAUACACGAGUUCACAGCUCGAUCAUGGCGCGAGGAUCUGGACAAUAUCGCGCAGCAAAUUUCCCUUCACAAGAGGCUGGAGGCAAUAACGACUGGCAACCCUACUAAUGCCUGUAUCGAUAUCCUGACGGAACGUGGGGACAGGGCAUCGCAGGGACUUGCUACUGUCAGGGACUACCCCAUCAGGAGUGACUCAACUCAAAUCGCAAUAUAUUGGUCCGAAGUCUCUCAAUUUUAUCGCCAGGUCUUACCAGCGGCAAAGCUCGAUCCCCUUAUACACGGUAUACGGACAGGGAAUCAGGGCGCUCUGGACGCUGAGAACGUUGUACAGCAGUCGAUCGCUGGCUUUUCCCAAAGGCUGCAUUCAGCUUAUCCAGACUACGCAGACCUCACACUCAUCCUCCAGAUGGCAUUUGGUGAUGUCAGACUUGGAUUGCGCCUGAUCUCUCACUCCGGCAUGAAGAUUGGGACGGACCCCCGUUUGGACACCUUGGCGUCCGCCCUUGUAGCUUUUCCGACUGUGAAGUCUGCAGCCACCAUCAUCGCAUCAACCUCUGAAAGAGGGGCUGCCGGGCUCAAUAGCUUCCAGCAAGUCUUGCUUAACUUAGCCGCGCUCUCCUUCGAGAGCAAUCUUGGUAUCCCUACUAAGCUUUCGUUAGAGAGCCUUCGAGGCUCCUGCUCUCAAGCCCUCCAUUUAUGGUUGAUCGACCGUGCACGCGAAGAAGAGGCAGAGAGAACCUCCCAGUCCCUUUAUCGCUCGAAACUAGAAGUACACGAAGCAUCCUCUGAGGCAACGGCAGAGGAAGAGGAAUUCUUAGCACUCUUUCCCUCGUUUGAGGACGCGUUCACGCCGACCACUGCGCCUUGCGUCAAUGUAUCCUCGACAGUCCAUGUUACCCCCGCCGACGCCCAUCAAUUCGUCAGCCUCUAUGAAACCGUCGUGUGUCCAACGGCCCCUACUCAUGGUUCCCUCGAGGCCUUUGACUCGAUAAGACUAUCAGCCUUGACCGACCUGCUUCGCUCCCAACUCGCUUCCCUAUCAGAAAGCAUGGACCAUGACAGCCGUGUCUUGCGGUUGAAGCUUCUCCAUGAACGCAGCAAGCCGACUUCCACUUCCUCGAGGAUGUAUAACUUCUACGCGGACCCUAACACUUCUGAGGUCAGCAAAGCUACUGCUAUAGUCUGUUCCCUGCAGCAACGAGUACAAGACUUGCGAAGAGAAUGGCCCGAGCAAGUAGUCCUCCAAGACCUCGAGUCACGGUGCGGACUUCUCUUGGAACUUCACUUACAGUCUCCGGUGGCCAAAAUUCUGUCAGCCUUGGAGCAACUACUCAUACAAAGCGAAGACUGGGAAGCCUACGCGAGUCGAGAUACCUCCUUGAAGACACAUCAGCAAGCUAUCACGACAUUAAUCGUUGAAUGGCGCCGAUUGGAGCUAGCAUCCUGGCAGGCACUGCUUGAGGCUGAAGCUGCGGCAUCUUCGAAGAGUUCGGCUGUCUGGUGGUUUCGCUUGUAUAAUGCCCUAAUACACGGAACCGACGACAUUGCCACAAGGCUAGCUAGCGAAGGCGAGGAACCCUUAGUCGUAUAUCUCCGCGACCUUAUCCCUCUCCUCGAGGACUUCCUUCGCUCCGCUCCUUUGGGUCAGUUUCAAGCUAGGAUGCAACUUCUCAAAGGCUUCAGGGUUCUGGCUUCGCAACUUGCGUCGACCUCUGACGAGACACACCAAGCCGCAUUCGAACGCGUUGGUCGCAUACUAUACCACGUCGAGAAUUAUUUCGGCCUCUAUGCUGAGAAUCUUGAAGACGGGAUAUUGUCUCAGAGAGUCGGUCUCGAAAAAGAAAUCAAGGACUUGAUCAAGCUCGCCAGCUGGAAGGACGUCAAUAUUCAUGCUUUGAAAGAGAGUGCCCGCCGAUCUCAUUAUCAGCUAUUCAAGCUUGUACGCAAGUUCCGAGAAAUACUACGACAGCCCAUUAGUGAUAGGCUCCUCCCUAUGAUGGCUAGUGUCUCCGGGAUAGACGACGGUGCCGUACUCCCUCUCAAGCUUUCUGUAAUGCCAAAACAGGCGUUUGCUUCCUUGGAGGCCCCCGCCUUGCCUCACUUACAAAACCUCGACCGAACGUUUGCUAAAUUCCAAGCCCUGCUCCAUGGGAAGAUCCUACCUCGUAUCAAUGCUCACGCAGCAGACCCAGUAAAUGAUUUUGCCACCGAGAUAAUCACUACAUCCGCCCGUCUAGCGUCGACCCAGCUACCAGCAGCAGACAAGUCAGACAAGCGGCUUAAAUUUCAGAAGGCGCUCCUAGUACGAAAGCGCAAGGCCUGGAGUGAUCUUUUGAAGGAACUCAAGCGCGCAGGAUUUUCUUCGGCUGUCAGAGCAGACGUACUUCAGAAUCACUCAGAUGUUCUUUGGAUCCGCAGCCAGCCUGUUUUCCCCGCCGUGAUACAUGCCACCAACGACUGCGAGAAAUAUUUCUGGCGCCUAUCCUCUUGCUUGCCUGAGCUUAGGAGGUCACUUUCAAAUCAUCACGCGGAUGUGAGUACUCGCGACCUGCAGCGUAGCCUAAUGUUGGUGGAGUCCGGAUUCUCGUUAGCACUCGAAACAAGGAAAAGACUUGUCAAUGCUUGUACCUCCUUUGCGCUACUCAAAAACGUUCUGCGGCGGCUUCAAAUGCUCAAAGGAUGCCCAUCCAUAGCAAACUAUGGAUCGACCAUCUCCGGGGUCAUCGUCGCUUGGCAGAGCCAUCUGCUGAGGGUGCACUCCUCCCUUGUGGAAAUGAUGGAUGCCCUUAGUAUGAUCCAAAAUCUCGACGCUGCUUCUGAUACUAUUUCAUCCAUCAUAAGCGACUCUCGUCUCCUUGCCGAUUCCACAAAGGAUCAUUGUCGCCACAUAGCACUGGUCGUCGAAGCGGUUCAAUCUACGCCAGUGCCGGUCCUUCUAGAAGAUGAGGCUAUUUUUUUGACUACUCUUAGCAACCAUCUCCUUACCGUCCGCGAUACAAUCGUCAAGUGGAGCGCAGAACACCCGAGGCUGUUCCACAUCUUUCAUGCUGUGUCGGGAUGGCUCGAUUCUCAAUGUAUACCGCCGCUCCCUCCGAUGCCUAUCUCUCCUCAAUCAGUUACCACAACGGACAGCGUCAUUAAUUCCCUACUAAUCGUCGUUCAGGACGUUUUGUCCAAUUAUCCACAAAUGGUUGAUCAGGAAAAGGAGGACAGGGAUCGCUACAUCCUUGAUGAUAUCAUUUCCACCCAAACUCUUAGCAGUUUACUCGACAUCGUUGGCACAGCUGAUCGCCUUAACACUUGUUUAGUCUCUUUGGCCUCACGUGACCGCGACAGCGUCUUGACGGAUUUGGAUCGUCUCCUUCCGUUCGUCAACCUAUACGCCGACAUCACCGAGAUUCAAUUAAAGAGCCAUUCUCAAUGGCUCAGAUCCUUACUCAAAUUAGACUACGUCGUCUGCUCUGUCACUUACACAAUCGCCACCCAGGGAUUCUGCAAGCCGCCUGAUGCAGAGGAAAGUGGUGACGGAAGCGAGUCUUCGCAGGUCGAAGGGGGAGUCGGUAUGGGCGAAGGGACAGGGACUGAGAAUGUAAGCAAGGAGAUCGAUGAGGAACACCAAGUCGAGGGUUUGAAAGGGGACGAAUCAAACGAUGCUGAGCAAAGGGACACCUCUGAUGAUCCCAACGCUAUCGAGAUGAGUGAAGACAUAGGCGGUGAUAUGGAAGACGUUCCUGAUACUGGCUCUCAAGAGGGCGACGAGGGAUCUGAUGAGGACGAUUCGAAGGAAGACCUGGAAGAGCAGAUCGGCCAAUUAGACAAGUCAGAUCCUUCAGCGGUAGACGAAAAGCUCUGGGGGGACGAAGAGGGAGAUGAUUCCAACCAAGACGACGACAAGAUAAACGAAGAUCGCGCUCAACAUACCUCCAGUGAAUCGGAAGUUGUCGCAAAAGAGGGCAAACAAGGGAAGCAUGAUGCAUCAUCGAAAGAGGAGGAACAAGCCAAACCAGAAGAGUCCAACGAUAGUCAAAAGGAGGAUGCGCCAGAGAAAGAUGACGUGGACGAUGAUCAAGCACAAGGCGAACCUCCUGGAGCAGAGGGUGCUCCUAUGGAUGACUUCGUUCAGGAUGCUAACACCCUCGACCUUCCAGAUGAUAUCAACAUGGGGCCCGAGGAAAUUGAAGACGAUGGGAUGGAUAUUGACGACGAGAACGGCAAUGAGAUGCCUGAGCCUGCAGACGAUGCAUCGAUCAAUGAGGACGAAGCUGCAACGGAAGCACCCGAAACAAAUGAAGGGAACAAUCCUCAAGACACUGAUACGGUCGACCUUGCACGAGAGGAUGUAUCACAGCCCGAACCUGACGGUGAAGAGGAUCCUCCUAGGGAAGAUGAAGCUCAAGACAAUCAAGCCGUCGCAGCCGCUGAUGUUUCUUCGGGUGAUGGGUACGCAAAUGAAGAGGAGUCCCACGCCGUAAACAAAGGUGACGCUUCGUCUUCCCGACAGACGGGUAGAGGCAAAGGCGGAAUAGGUCAUGAUGAUGCGCAACAGGAUCAAACAGCGCCUCCGGAUCGUGAACCAAGUGGCGUAGACCAAGAUUUGCUAGAAGCCGAUGAGUCUCAAGCUGCCGGCGAUGCAUCUUCAGGCUCACAACAAGGCCCGGCACCUUCACAAUCGCGACCCGGAGACGAUAAGGAACUCCCCAACCCGCUUCGCAGCCUGUCUGAUGCAUUGGAAGAGAUUCAUCGGCGAUUGGGACCCAUCCUUGAAAGCGCAGAAACGGAUGCACCCAUGCCAAAACUCGGCGGUUCUUCCGAAACUAAGCCAAUUGAGUAUGUACGGCCUGGGGAGGAGGACCACGAUAUGGACGCAUUGGGUCCUGCAGGAGAGGAGCAAGUUGCGCAGCUGGACAAACUGAAAUUGAUCGAUGACGAUGAAGGUGGCCAAGGCGACGGUGAAGGCGACCACAACAUGGAUGUGGAUGUGGAUGCACAGACUGAAGAGGAACCAAAUGUCCAGGACAGUCAAGCGUUCGACUCGGCUCAAGAGUCAAGCACCGCCCCUGGUGUUGGUGUCGAGUCAGCCAUCGUUAACCCCUCCAAGAAAUAUGGUCAGGGCGGCCCCUCGAGACCUCCGGAACAUACAGACGCCGAAACAGAAGCGCUGCGUGAGGAGCCUCCUGACGUAGAAACUCAACUUCGCGAAUGGCAAUCGCUCGGUCAACCCGAGCAAGCAGCACCACAAUUGUGGCGACUCUAUGAAAGCCUGACAUCCGACCUCUCUAACACAUUGUGCGAACAACUCCGCCUCAUUCUGGAACCCACUCUCGCAACCCGUCUCAAAGGCGACUAUCGAACGGGAAAACGUCUGAAUAUGAAGAAAGUCAUUUCCUAUAUCGCCAGCGACUAUACAAAGGAUAAAAUUUGGCUUCGCCGUACUCGACCAAGUCAGCGCGAAUUCCAGAUCCUCCUUGCCCUGGAUGAUUCCCGGUCCAUGGCUGAAUCCCAUUCCGUUCAUCUGGCUUUCCAGACGCUAGCUCUGGUGUCCAAAGCCCUCACGCGAUUAGAAGCCGGAGACAUUGCCGUCGCUAGAUUCGGCGAAGCGUUUGAUCUAUUGCAUGGGUUCGGUGAGCAGGGGCCUUUCAACGAUCAAACAGGUUCCCGUGUCAUCAGUUCUUUCAAAUUCGACCAAAAGUCCACCAAUGUUCUCUCCCUGCUCCAAAGAAGUUUGCAGGCACUAGAGCAGGCACGGGAGCGGCGCUCGUCAUCCGCUGCGGAUCUGUGGCAGCUGGAGAUCAUCGUCUCGGACGGAAUAUGUCAGGAUCAUGAACAACUGCGCAACGUUCUUCGGAAGGCGAUUGAACAGAAGGUUAUGAUUGUUUUCAUCAUAAUAGACUCGCUGCACCCCCCUACGACUCAAUCUCACUCUCGCGGAGGAGCAGAGAAGACGGCCGCCCAUUCGAUUAUGUCAAUGGAGAAAGUCACUUUCAAGUCAGUCGAUGGCAGAAUGGAGCUGCAACGUGAGAUGUACUUGGAUUCCUUCCCUUUCGAAUACUACGUCGUCCUCAGAAACGUCGAGGCCCUUCCCGAUGUUCUUUCUAGCACGCUGAAGCAAUUUUUCGAGCGAAUUUCCGGACAGUAG